AUGCGAUUUUCCACUGAGCAUGCGCCGUCGGUGUGCAGCUGUUGCUGCCCUUGCAACCGUACAGGCACGCCCGUGGCAGCGUCUCUAGCCGCCGAACCCCAUCCGGCAACGGCCGCAGCGCCGUCUCCGGUGCAAGCAACACCAGCUUCUAUGGACAGUACCGUCAUACUGCUUCAAACUGCUGCGGCGGAUGCCUCGGGCCCCGGAGGCAAGGCAAGAGUCCAGAUCCUGCUUCAUAACGGAAGCCAACGGACCUUUAUCAGAGAGGACCUCGCUAUGAGCCUACAAUGUGCGACAAUCGACGUUGAGGACUUGGCCAUCUACGCGUUUGGAUCAACGCAAUCUGCCCGCCACAGAUGCAGUAAGGUCACUGUAAAUAUUACAGGCCGUGACGCCACCUUCGAGUUAGAAGCUCUAACGAUUCCCGAGAUAUGCAAGUCCCUGAGCCCUUCGCUGGAUCCGCAUUUAACACGCAUGCUACUUGAGCGUGACUUGCAACCUGCGUCAACAUCAGGCGUUUCCCGAAGUGUUGACAUCCUGGUCGAAGCAGACAACUACUGGCGUCUUGUAACGGGACGAAUUCUGAGGAUGACGGAGGAUCUCACUGCCGUUGAAACGGUGUUUGGUUGGGUUAUACAGGGCUCAACGACCGUGCAUACCCGGCUCCCCCAAUCGACAUGUGCCCUACUUCUCACUUGCGGAGAUCCAGAGUCUGACUGUAGUGCCGAAGACUUGUGGAACCUUGACACGCUCGGAAUCACAAGUACCGAGCCCGCAGCCAGCCACGUGUGCAGCACGGACCUCCAGGUCUUCGAGGCGGGCAUAGCAAGGUCGAAAGAGCGGUAUGAGGUUCCCUUGAUGAUUCAGGAGCCUGGGCUUCCACCGGAUGCCAACAACAAAGCCACGGCAGUGCAUAGGCUCCGAGCCCAGCUCAGACGAUUUAGCAGCGCAUCAGAGGUUCUGCGGCAAUACGACAAAACAAUAAGAGAAUAUUUCGUAGAAGGCCAUGCGGAACAAGUUACCGGCCCUGAUCCCGACCGUAAUCUCUACUAUCUGCCUCACCAUGCCGUAGUACGUAGCGAGGCCGCCACAACCAAGAUCCGAAUUGUUUUUGAUGCGUCAUCCCACAUCACUGGCCAACCGUCGUUGAACAACGUGUUGUCGAAGGGGCCGAACAUGAACAGUGACCUCUUGCAUCUCCUACUCACCUUUCGGUACCACCCGGUAGCCCUCACUGCCGAUAUCCGGAAGGCAUAUCUCCAAAUAUUAAUUCGGCCGGAAGAUCGCGACGCCCUUCGUUUCCUUUGGGUUUCCGACCUUCCAUCUGCCUCCAACCCGUACCCGCCGUUGCAGGAGUGGAGAAUGACACGAGUGCCCUUUGGGGCUGCCUCCAGCCCGUUCCUCCUCGCGGCCACCUUGCAGCACCAUUUCAGAUCUGUCAGCCAUCGUUACCCAGCCACUGCUGCACGACUUUCCACCAGCUUUUACGUGGAUGACUUGGUAGUCGGGUGCAGGGAUGUCGCAGAAGCCCAGACUUUCUACAAGGAGACCAGAGCCAUCUUGCAAGAGGCGGGGAUGGACAUUCGGAAAUGGGCGUCAAACUCCCCAGUCCUUCAAGAGAAAUAUCUGAAUGAUGGAAUCGCAUACGACAACGUCUCUGAACUGGGCUCUGUUCUUCGUGUACUCGGUGUGCCGUGGGACAGACAAUUCGACGAGAUCUGGGUCCCCACGCGGUCCGUCCAGGCCUUCGCUAAAGACGCCCCUUCCACGAAACGGGGAGUACUGCAGGUUUUUUCUCGACUGUAUGAUCCUUGGGGUUUCCUCUUUCCAUUCGCCAUUACAGCGCGCCUACUGUUCCAGACUUUAUGGAAGGAAAAAUGGCCUUGGGACUCCCCUCUACAGCCACCACUGCUGGACGCAUGGCACGCAUGGGUGAACGAUCUGGCAACUCUCUCGGAGGUACGGCAGUCAAGAUGGGUACUCGGAUCCCAGCACAGCUUGCUCGAUCUUCAAGUAUUUGCAGACGCAAGCCCACGGGCGUACGGUGUCGUAGUGUAUGUUCGCAGUCGAACAAUCGACGGCCGCAUCAUGGUUUCCUUGCUCAUCGCCAAGGGUCGCGUUGCUCCACUAAAGCCUCUAACAUUACCGCGACUAGAGCUUCUCGGGUGCCUACUCGCUGCGCGCAUUUUCUGUCGCAUCAUCAGUUCCCUGCCCAUCGCAGCGCUCCAGGCCACCUUUUGGACGGACUCUACAAUAGCUUUGCACUGGGUCAAGAAUGACACUGACAAGUGGCCGCCGUUCGUCGCAGCCCGCACAACCGAGAUACGACGGCUGACAAACCCGCAACAAUGGUUCCAUUGCGAAGGCAAACACAAUCCCGCGGAUCUGCUAACCAGAGGCGUAUCCGCGAAGGCUCUGCUCGACAGCCAGCUGUGGUGGUCAGGUCCGCGGUGGCUAUCGCAAGAGUUCGACUCAGCGGCUGCUCCCGUGGUUGAUGCAGAGGUCUCUCCGACGGAAGAAGUUUGCUGUGUGGCAGUCUCGACAAGAUUGGACCUCCCGCUGCGGUUGGCCGAUUACAGUUCACUGAAGCAUAUUCUAAGGCUUACGGCUCAUGUGCUCAGGUACAUCCACAAUCUGCGCUACCCGCAGUCAAGGACGACAGGUCCACUUUCUGCAGAUGAAUUGUCGUCAGCCGAACUCGUCUGGAUACGCAACACGCAAUCACAAGCGUUUCCUGAGGAGGUGGCAGCACUUCAAAGAUCCGCGCCAGUAUCGCGCACCUCCACCCUACUGACCUUGCAGCCUUUCCUCGAUGAGACUGCCGUGCUUCGCGUAGGAGGCCGGCUCCAGCAAAUGGACGACUCCAUCGAUAUUCGUCACCCGAUUCUCCUCCCGUCGAAGCACCGAUACAGUGCUCUGAUAAUCCUGGACACGCACGAACGUUUGCAUCAUGCGGGAGUUCAAGACACCCUCAGUGAAUUACGUCAAAGGUACUGGAUCCUCAAGGGUCGUCAAACAGUUCGCCGCACGCUGCACACUUGUCUUCCAUGCAAGUACAGACGGCUGUCACCCGAAACCGCACCAGUGGCCCCGCUGCCUAGAGAAAGAAUCACGCAGACUCAUCCGUUUGAUGUUGUGGGAAUUGAUUUCGCCGGGCCUCUCUACGUCUCGCAUGCCGCACUUCGCGAACAAAAGGCCUACAUUGUUGUCUUCACAUGUGGUGUCACACGCGCCGUUCACCUUGAACUUGUACAUCAGAUGUCCACCGAGCGGUUUUUAACAGCAUUCCGCAGAUUCAUCGCACGACGUGGUCUACCCUCUGUCAUCAUGUCCGACAACGCUAGGACCUUCCACCAGCUGUCCCGUCUUCUCGCAGUCCUCUCGUCACCUGGUGUGCAGAACUUCGCCGCCAAUCAUCGAAUUCGUUGGAAGUUCAUCGUCGAAAGGGCACCCUGGUGGGGCGGGUGGUGGGAGCGGAUAAUACGCUCGGUCAAAGAAGCUCUUAAGCGAUGCCUAGGAAGACGUCGACUGGACUUCGAAGGUCUGGUUACUGCGCUGUGUGACAUAGAAAGUAUCAUUAAUUGUCGACCACUGACGUACAUUUCUUCGGACGUAUACGACCUGGACCCUCUCACGCCGUCGCACUUUCUCGUUGGGAAAAGAUCAACAGCACUUCCAAGCUACACCGCAGCUACCACGCCGCAGAACGCUGCGGAACUGCGCCGGUAUUUCAGGACUCAAGAACAGAUACGCAUGCAGUUCUGA